AGGGAUGGGAUUUUCUAAUUUCUACUGGUCGUAUAUGGGAAUAUUCACAUGUCGCCUAAUAUAAACUAAACCCUAGCAACUAACACUCUCCCUUCUCUUCUCAGCCGCUCGUAGGAAAGGAACCCGAAACUCUCAGUUCAAUCUUUGCUGCAAUUAACGAGCAUAAUCGAAGAUGAGUCGAGGAAGUGCGGCGGUUGCCAAGGGGAAAAAGAAGGGAGCGACGUUCACGAUCGACUGCGGGAAGCCUGUGGAGGAUAAGAUCAUGGACAUUGCAUCACUGGAGAAAUUUUUGCAGGAGAGGAUCAAGGUCGGAGGCAAGGCUGGUGCACUUGGUGAUUCCAUCACCGUAACCAGAGAGAAGAGUAAGAUUACGGUUACCUCUGACAGCAACUUCUCCAAGCGGUAUCUUAAGUAUUUGACAAAGAAGUACUUGAAGAAGCACAAUGUGAGGGAUUGGCUCCGGGUGAUUGCAUCCAACAAAGAUCGCAAUGUUUAUGAGCUGAGGUACUUCAACAUCGCUGAGAAUGAGGCCGAGGAAGAAGAUUGAAACAAUUUCUUUUUCUAAGGACCUUGUUUGCUAGUCAGAAUAUUCCAAUUUUCUUUACACUCUGCAGUCAUUGUCUGUGUUUACAAUUUUGUUCAUUUGCCUAGACAUUUGAUGUUGCUGUUGUUGAAUUUGGAAGACAAAGGCUUAAGUUUUAACGAUGAUGAUUGGAUUUGAUUUAGUGCGAA